UGCUACACCUGCGGGUACUGCAGGCGGGAGUUCCGGUCGGCGCAGGCGCUGGGCGGCCACAUGAACGUCCACCGGAGGGACAGGGCCAGGCUCCGGCAGUGCUGCUCGGCGUCGGCAGCGCACCACCACCACAGCAGAGCUCCGCUUCCCAACCUCAACUUCUCGCCGCCGCACCGCGCCGCCGCCGCCGACCCCGUCAUCUACAGCUUCUUCUCGACGACGACGUCGACGACCACGUCGGCCGCCGCUGUGGCCACGAAUAAGGUGGCGGCACUUGAGGUGAGCUUGGAGCUCGGGAUUGGGGUCUGCGCCGGCGGCGGCAGCGGCCGUGGUGGUGUUGUCGUCGAGGAGGACGGGGUGGAUCUUGAGCUCAGGCUGGGGUGCACCUGGGAGUGA